GAAGAAUGACAAGCCCAUAAGAAAGGAAACGUCUGAUUGAUCACUCCAGAUAUUCUAGUUGCGGAAGACCCUCCGUAGAUCGGUACGAUCUCGUUGAAGCGAUUUCCCCGAAGCCUCCACAAGGACGAUGAAGAGCUUGGCUCUCCUUUUUCUCCUUUUUUUCUUUUUCAGAGUUCUUGCCUUUUCGCAAGACCCUCCUCAGCUCGGGUCAGCGCGAGUGGUUUUCCAGACAAAAUAUGGGGAUAUUGAAUUUGGAUUUUAUCCUCAAGUUGCCCCCAAAACUGUCAAGCACAUAUUUGAACUUGUCCGCUUAGGAUGCUUUAAUACAAAUCACUUUUUCCGGAUCGACAAGAAUUUUGUCGCUCAAGUGGCUGAUGUUAUGGGUGGCAGAACAGCUCCUUUAAAUGAAGAACAGAGGGAAGAGGCUGUGAAAAAUGUUGUCGGAGAAUUUAGCAACAUCAAGCACGUAAGAGGUGUACUUUCUAUGGGAAGGUAUGAGGAUCCUGAUAGCGCAUCAUCUUCAUUUUCAAUUCUUCUUGGUGAUGCUCCUCACCUUGAUAGACAGUAUGCAAUAUUUGGCAAAGUAACAAAAGGAGAUGACACACUAAGAAAGCUUGAGGAGCUUCCUACUCGUAGGGAGGGGAUUUUCGUGAUGCCACUGGAGCGCAUCGACAUCUUAUCAACCUACUAUUAUGAAACCAAGGAGUCGAGCCUAGAUUGUGAAGAGGAGAAGUCCAUACUGAAGAGAAGGCUCUCCGAGUCUAUUAUGGAAAUAGAACGACAGAGAAUGAAAUGCCUUCCAUGAGUCGGCAAUCUUGCUGCAAGUCUAUCCCAUGAUUCUGGAGUCAUUCAUGCAAAUUGGUGACGGCAAGCCUAACAACUCAAGCUGCACAACAUUUGUAAUUCUCAAAAUUGGAACUGCUUCUUCCUAAUAUACAACGUGGAGAAGAUUAAUGUAAUAAUUCAAAUUGUCGUCUCAAAGAUUAUCUUAUUUGGUCUGUUGUAUGUAUCAUAGAAAAUUAAGGAUGGUUGGUUGUUUCUGAGUUAUAGAGAUAAAAAGGAUUUAGCUUUUGAGGAAAAUAUAAUUGAUGGUAUUAUUUGAUAUAAUACCGAUCCUUAUUUGCUCA